AUGGCCGAUACUCGAGAGACUGGAGAAAAUCUCCCCCUAUUCGACAAUGUCCGGAUUCCGGAAAAGUCCAGUCCGCAAACCAAGGAGCAGCCCGCCGAGGAGCAACCCAGCGAUAACCUGAACAAAGGCACCGUGAGACGAACCUCGGUCAUAAGGGUGUGGUCCAUUCUUUUCCUUCAUGCAGGUUGCUGCAUUGCGUUGGCGCUGUCGAUUGCAUUGGCACUAGAUGGGUACCUGGCGGGCGAUGAGAAAAGCUCGCGCGUCAACGACGGCAAGCUACUCCUCAAAGUCAGUGAUGUUACAACCCUCGUGUCAGUCAGCUUGGUGGUGAUCAAGAUCAUCGCGGGGUCGUGGUCGGCCAUCGUUCUUUGGGCCUGCGGCCGAUACAUGCUCUCCAAGUCCAACGACAAUAAAACCCAGACGGCCGUGUCGUCGAUGAUUCAGUGGAAAGUACCUCCCGGUGUGCGAAGUAUCAGCAUGAUACCGCGCAGCUUUAGCAGCUGGAACAUCUCUAUCUUGACUCUGGUCAUCAUGAUCCAGGCCUUCACCGCUCCUAUCCUGACGGGUUCUGUGAACUGGAACGUGGGCUUCAGCGUGUCUCAGAACGUUGUGUCCGUGGCCUCAAUUGCGUCGAGGACUGGAUACAAUAAUUGGUACUGGUACAACGCACAAGGAAGCUUUGACAAGAAGGGACCACUCCGGACAGCGGCCGGAUACGCAAACCUGGAGUGGGCAGACCCUUCGACCGUCGACUCGCAUGGAAAAUCUAUCACGGGCAACGGGUGCCGCCACCUCUUCGGGAAUGAUGGGUUGCCCCCUGACUCGAUCCUCAUAGACGCCGUCCUACCUUGUAUCGAUAUCCACGACAUUCACUGGAUCCGAUCCGAAGAUGAACUCACAGGCGCCGACUGGGAUGACGUCGACGGGGAUGACCUAACGCUCGUCGACGAUACGCCUCUAUCCUACUAUCAUGAGGGCGUCGCCAUGGUCUUCAACUCGACCGACCUCCGUCGGGGGCCCAACACGACCGACUCACCGCCGCCGCCGUACCUCUUCUCGGGCACCCGCAUUGUUACUCUCAUGCUCGGCCGGUACAACGUGACGGACCCGCCAUGCUCGGCCCUCAAAAAUACCAUCUUCGGCGAUGUCAACGCACUAGGGUACCAUCGCGUCCGCUCCCGGGUCAACAGCGUUCACGAGAACUGCUACCUAAUCGGUCGCGUCAACUUUACCGCCGGCGUAACGACGAGCCGCCGGGCGACGUACCUCACGCCACGCGUUGUCGAGGACCAGACGGCCAUCAGUGAUGUCAAGUUUGAGCCCAACUCUUGGGUCCACGAGGCCAUUUGGCUGCUGCCGGACCUGAUGACCAUGCUAUCGGUCAUGAACGCGUCGCAGCUACCUACAUACGGGAACGUUGAUGGCCACGUGGGUGAGCUGCUGAGGCAGGGCUACCUGGCGGCGUGGGGGAUGUUGGCGCACGGGUACGGCCAAGAAACAGAGACGUACAAGAAACAGAGACGUACAAGGCGCUACCGGCCGAGGGGAGGUUAG